AUGGAGGAUCUUGGAUCGCAUCUAAUGGCAGAGCCAUCCCCAGCAGUCCAGGAUCAUCUAGAUAAUGCCUAUCUCGCACUCUCGAUUGCUUUGCUCGACCACCCGCUCAAGCAAGACCUGUUUGAGAGUACUGUUAUUGGCUUCCUUGCUGUUCUUAGGGUAGAUGUCGAACGUCAGACGUUUCGGGAACCGUGCGACUAUACCAGCAAUCUAUCGGCCGUUAUAAAGAUAGCCCAGAUGCUAGUAGUGGAGCAGGCGGUCCAGAUGGCCGAUGAUGGUCUUGUCACACACCCAGCAGAUGCGCUAGACGAUAUGCGCGAGCGGUUCCUCUUGUAUAGAGUUCGGGCAACCUUUAGCUGGAUCAGCCGUCUACGUACGUACGGUAAAAAGGUCCAGAAUAAUACGACUAGCCUGGGUUGUAUCUAUUAG